GCCUCCGCCAAUCUGGACCCUCCUCGCGUUCCGUUCGUGCGUGCGAGCCGGCGCCGAGCUGGCUGAGCCGCGGAGGGCGGAUGGCGGACUCGCAGGCGUUCUGCGUGGCCGAGGAGCGCAGCGGCCACUGCGCCGUGGUGGACGGACACUUCCUCUACGUGUGGGGGGGCUACGUGUCUAUUGAAGACAAUGAGGUAUAUUUGCCGAAUGAUGAAAUUUGGACCUAUGAUAUUGAUAGUGGACUGUGGAAAAUGCACCCAAUGGAAGGAGAGCUCCCCACCUCCAUGUCAGGAAGCUGUGGGGCUUGCAUCAACGGCAGGCUGUAUGUUUUUGGAGGAUAUGAUGACAAAGGAUACAGCAACCGACUUUAUGUUGUCAAUUUACGAACAAGAGAUGGAACUUAUAUCUGGGAAAAAAUCACCAAGUUUGAUGGACAGCCACCCACCCCGCGUGACAAACUUUCCUGCUGGGUGUAUAAAGACAGGUUAAUAUAUUUUGGUGGUUAUGGGUACAGGAGGCACAAUGAACUUCAAGACUGUUUUGAUGUCCAUGAUGCAUCUUGGGAAGGGCAGAUAUUCUGGGGGUGGCACAAUGAUGUCCAUGUGUUUGACACAAAGACAAGGACUUGGUCUCAACCAGAAAUUAAAGGUGGAGUCCCGCCACAGCCACGAGCCGCGCAUUCAUGUGCAGUUCUGGGAAAUAAGGGGUAUAUCUUUGGUGGACGCGUCUUGCAAACUAGGAUGAAUGACUUGCAUUAUCUAAACUUAGACACCUGGACUUGGUCUGGAAGGAUUUCUGUUAAUGGAGAAAGCCCCAAACAUCGGUCAUGGCACACGCUGACAGCCAUAGCUGAGGAGAAGCUUUUCCUAUUUGGUGGGCUAAGCGCGGAUAACAUCCCGCUAAGUGAUGGCUGGAUUCAUAAUAUUGUAACAAACUGUUGGAAACAACUUAGACAUUUGCCUUACACCAGGCCCAGGUUAUGGCACACAGCCUGUUUGGGAAAAGAAAAUGAAAUAAUGGUAUUUGGUGGGAGCAAAGAUAACUUACUUUUCCUGGAUACAGGUCACUGUAAUGAUUUAUUGAUCUUUCAAACACAGCCCUAUUCACUGCUCAGGUCAUGUCUUGACUGCAUUGGGAAAAAUGCUAUUGUUUUAAAAAGUCAAAUAUCUUUAUUACCUCCUAAACUUCUGCAGCAAGUUCUCAAAAAAAUAACAUUUUGGACUGCAACCAAUUACCGAAAAGAGCAAAGAGUCCUAAAAGAAGAGACAGAAAAUAAGGACCAAUGGAUCAGUAGCCACUGAAUUGCUCUAGGUCCAGUUUGGCAAUGCGCUUUAAUCAGACUACACAUUUGACCCUCGCCUCCAGUCACAGGCUUUAUUGAAAGGAUAAAAUUUGAAACAAAUGUUUUGCUAUGUGAUUACAUGAUAUAGGGUAUAUGGAAAUAAGAUGUAAUUGAAAAUUUAUCUGUGUAUUUGUAAACUGAUUUACUUGUAAAAGACAGAAUAAGUGUUCUUUCUAGAAAUAAGUACAGUAACAAUAGUUCUUGACUCAAUGUCUACGCUUCUGGAGAGAUUAUGUAAAUUUGAAAAACAGAAAUUACCUUAAAAUCUUCAGAAAUCCUCUAACACAACUGUAGGUGUAGAUAUAAAAAUACUCAUUAACUUCCAUUACUUUAAGAUCACCCAAGUGUCUCCUUAAACAGCAUCGUCAGAGCCUUCCAUCCCCUGUGUUGAGCAGGGAAGCAUAUUUAGAUAGUCCUGGCUUCACCCCUAGGACCACAUGGGUGGAGGUUGGUUUGUCUCACAGGCUUUGAAAUAUUGGGGUUGCAAUAUGUGUAGCUUUUGAGACAUGGUACAAUACACAUUGCCUUGGAAAAGGGUUUCUAAAAUAAUAUUUGCAAGUAAUGUGGGUGAUAACCUGGUGUUUUGGUCUCCCGAAUUCCUCAUUUGAGCUAUGCUGCUCUACAGAGUCGAUGCUGUAGACACCACAGGCCCUGAUGACAAGUCCUCACUCUCCACACCAUUAAUCCAGGAACUAUACUGUUACAUUCCUCAAAAUGGUACUUUGACCAUUUUGAGACAUUUUUCUUCAUAUGCUCAGUCUUGUCCUUCCACUGACAUACUUGUUAUGAUUAAUUACUAAAGGGUUCAAUAUAUGAAAUUGUUCCUGUAACUGUCACCACCUAAGUUAUCUCGGAACUUUAAAAUGCUGUGAAGGUGUAUUUCUGUAUUGUAUAUAAUUUAUAGUGAAAACUGUAGUAUUUCUUUAAACUGUAGAUAUGUUUUAUACAUGCUGUAUUUUGGAUGUGUAAAGCUUCUAUUUAUGUAUUGGAAUAGUUUGUGUUUACAUUUUAUUUAUUGAACGCAGUAUAUAGAAUUAUUGCCUCACAGUUUGGUCAGUGUGGACCAGUCAGAGUCCAUUUCGGUGUGGGGCUGGCAACAUGGCUCAGGAUGUAAUAGGGCUUGCUGCACAAGCCUGGUGGCCAAUACAAGGUGAGAGGAGAGAACUAACGCCAUAAUGGUUGCUCUCUGACCUUCUUAUGUGUGCUGUGGCACAUGUGCUCAAACGUAUAA